AUUGUUGGGCUGGUCUUCAGGCAUUUUGGGCUGGUUAAGAAAUAUUUGCUUAACCUGGCAAUCACAGUAGGCUAUUAACACUGGGCCAGUAUCCAUACACAGGUAUCUGCCUCAGUUAUCCAGAAAACCAAAUCUUCAACAAGAGGCACUUUCAUUUAGGUUCUUGGAGAGGCAUGCCACAGAACGUGUCAGGGGUGAACAGUGAGAAUACCAGGCUUCCAGAGGAGUUUAAGGUUGUGAUAGUAGGUGAUGGUGGAUGUGGGAAAACCUCCCUCGUCAAGGUUUUCACUGAAAAAGACUUUCCACAGGAAUAUGUUCCAUCUGUGUUUGAAAAGUAUGUCACCAACAUCAGAUACAGAGGAGCUGAGUUUCGCCUGAACCUCUAUGAUACUGCAGGUCAAGAGGACUAUGACCGAUUACGGCCUCUGUCCUAUCAGAAUGCCAACCUGGUGUUGAUCUGCUAUGAUGUAAUUUGCCCAUCAAGUUAUGAAAACGUUCAAAUAAAGUGGCACCCUGAGGUGCAACACUUCUGCCGUGGUGUGCCCAUUAUCCUCGUAGGAUGCAAAUCAGACCUGCGGAAAGACAAGGCUUUGGCUAGGAAACUGUGGUCUUCAGGUCAGAACUUUGUUACAUACAUUCAGGGUGAAGAAACCAAAAGGAAGAUCCACGCUGAGCUUUACAUGGAGUGUUCAGCCAAGUACAAGGAGAAUGUGGAUGACAUAUUCAGAGAAGCAACUAAACGUGCCCUUGCAGCAACAAGGACGUCCAGCAAGGCAAAGAGGAGGAAAGGACUUUGUAACAUUCUGUGACUAAAUAAUUGUCUGUGGUCCAGGAGCUAAUGCCAUCCACCACCAUGAACUUUAGACACAGACAUGCUCUGACCCUACUCUUAGUGACAACACAGACAAUAUCCUCCCUAUGACAAUUGAAGUCCAUUGCAUUUUACCCUUUGGCUAAACCACUUUGUGUAGUUUUCCUUAUAUGUAUACAUAACAUACAGCAAAUUUGAACUUGUACUAGGAUGUGUUCUAAAUUCCAAAGACACAACAGAAUGGUUUUCCAAGAGGUGGAGUGUUCCCGAGUGGUCCAGUCUCAGUCCUAACUUAAAUUUGCUUGGAAAUAAGAGACAAUACACUGUUUAUCCAUGAAUGAUUUGCAACCAAAUUUACAGAGCAAUUUUGAUGAAAACUAUGGAUUAACACUACAUUUGUUAAAGUUUGGCAGAAAAUGAUUCAAAAUGGCUGCCAACUCACAACUGUAAUUUACUUUGGUUGGAACCUGUAAAUGUAAUGCUUCCACCAAGUGUAAACCCUAGUUUCAUAGAAACACCUUCAGGGAUAUUUAUUUGAACUGAUUUGUAAUAUUUUUUUUAUAUAUAUGAUACUUGUUACUUUGAAUAUGUGGUGUAUUUAAUCCUUUUUUAGAUUGAAUUCUAAGGCAACAAAAUGUGAAUACAAGCAAGGAGCAUCUAGACAAGGCACUGUAUUCAACUUCUUGGAUUUGACACCAGA